AUGGCAGGCAUCACAGAAGAAGAUGAGAUUCAGGCCAACACUCAAUCAAGACAUUCAAGCGUUGGGGAUGUGGAGCAAAGAAGUUCCGACUCUCCUCCUUCCGAGCCGCCUCAAACUCAACGAAGCAAGCUCGAAAACACAGUUAUUACGACCUCACUUCUGGCCGCCCUAUUCCUCGCGGCUCUCGACGUCACCAUUGUCGCCACCGCCAUACCGACCAUCUCAGAGGACCUACAAUCUAGUUCCGGGUACGUCUGGAUUGGUGCAUCCUAUGUCCUGGCCAAUGCUGCUUGCGCCCCGACAUGGGGAACAUUGUCCGAUAUAUGGGGCCGCAAGUCAAUUCUCUUGGCUACACUCAUCAUCUUUUGGGUUGGGUCUUUGUUGUGCGGCGCUGCUGUCAACAUGACCAUGCUCAUUGUUGGUCGUGCCGUUCAAGGCAUUGGUGGUGGGGGAGUCAACACACUUGUCAAUAUUUGCAUCGGAGACCUCUUCUCAGUUCGCGAGAGAGGUUUCUACUACGGGCUAGUGGGUGCCGUCUGGGGAGUAUCAAGCGCCUUGGGGCCAGUCAUCGGCGGCGCCUUUUCUUACCGGGCCUCAUGGAGAUGGUGCUUCUACAUCAACCUGCCAAUAUCUGGCGUCGGUAUAGUUAUUCUCUACUUUGUCCUCAAACUCCACAACCCUCGCACUCCAAUGGUAGACGGACUCAAGGCUCUUGACUGGCUUGGAAGUCUGACUGUUGUUGGCGGAACUGUUCUUCUGCUAUUGGGCUUGGAGUUGGGAGGUGUCAUAUUUCCUUGGAAAUCACCAACAACCAUCUGCCUCAUCAUCUUUGGCAUCUUGAUGGCAUGUCUCUUUGUUCUCGUCGAGUCCAAGCACGCCAAGUACCCAAUUGUUCCUCUACGGCUGUUUUCCGACCGCUCAAACAUUGGAGCAUUUGCCACAUGCUUCUGCCAUGCUCUUAUAGCUCUCUCAGCGUCAUACUGGCUGCCUCUCUACUUCCAAGGCGUUAUCGCUGCAUCUUCUCUCAUGUCAGGGGUUUAUAUCCUCCCCUACCUCCUGGCAACGUGUAUCAUGUCAGCCGCGUCCGGCUUCAUCAUCCGCCUCACCGGCAACUAUUUCUACGUUAUCAGCGCCGGCAUGGCGAUCGCUACCGUCGGGUUCGGGCUCUUCGUCGAUCUUCCCCUCGACAAGGACUUUACAAAGAUUAUUCUCUAUCAGCUCGUUGCGGGCAUUGGCGUUGGACCCAACUAUCAGUCACCACUUAUCGCCUUGCAAAACAACGUCGAGCCACACGAUAUUGGAUCUGCCACUUCGACCUAUGGGUUCAUCCGACAGUUGGCUAGCGCCAUAUCUAUCGUGAUUGGCGGUGUGGUAUUCAACAACAAAAUGCAGGCACAGCAGGGCAAGCUAAGAAAGGCAUUGGGUCCAAAACUGGCCAAGAUGCUAUCAGGGUCUAGUGCGUCAUCAAACGUGUUCACGGUAGCCGAGCUACAGGGCGAGCAAGGAAGGAUUGCCAGAGGGGCUUUCCUUACAGCAUUAAAGGCAAUGUACAUCAUGUUUGCCGUCUUUGCAGGGCUUGGGCUGGUGGCAAGUCUUUUCAUUAAGCAACGACAGAUGAGUCGAGAUCAUCAAGAACACAAGACAGGAUUAGAUAGUAUGGAAAAAUCAAGAAAUAGGGAGAAAGAAUAA